GCAAAUGGCAGCCGCUGGUUCUUACUUCUCAAUAACUGCUCUCAUCAUCCUCAUUCAGCUCGCAACGAACCUGAAUUCAUGUUCAGCUGCGACACCGAUCCGUCACAGUGGAAGGAACACUCGGUUUAUUAGAACCUCUUGCCGUACUACCCUUCAACCUAGCUUGUGUUUCGUUACCUUCUCUCGAUAUGCGACCAGAAUCGGAGGUAGCCCUAGGUUGUUAGCCACCACAGCCCUCUCCUUGGCAUUCAACACCACUCGUUUCGCUACGAAAUCAAUGAUAACCCUCUCCAAACGCCACGGGUUGAAGCGCAGAGAGGCGGCGGCGUUGCGUGUUUGUGUGGAAGAACUAGGGGACUCUAUCGAUGAGCUGAAAGACUCAAUCGGGAAACUAAGUCGGCAUGGGGCUGGAGGCAGCACUUUCCGAAGUCAAAUGAGUGAUAUACAGACAUGGGUGAGUGCAGCUUUGACUGAUGAUGAUACCUGCAUGGAUGGCUUGUCUGGGAAAUCCAUUAACCGUAAAUUCAGAAGUAGAGUGAGAAGACGAGUAGUGAAGGUUGCUCAUUUGACGAGCAUUGCUUUGGCUUUCGUCAACCGCUAUGCUGCCACUCAUAAAUGAUAUUGCUAUCUGUGUUGCCCAUUGAGUGAGGUUUUUCGCAUUUACAGUUUUUGCAAAUUAAUGUACCCAAUACUUUUGCUUUUGGAAUAUUAUUCAUUGGAAGAAAUUGAUGCUUGAGCUAAAUUUGCAAUACCAGAGUGUUGUUUUCUUUAAUUAUCUUACUGUUCUUCUUUUAAAUUUC